GCUCACCCUAACAACGGUCAGUUACAUAAAGUGUGCCGUACCGUACGGAUCGCGUUCGUUUGCCGGUUCGUCGUCCGUCGCCCGGAACGGGAAAACCGCUGUCGAUUCGUUGUCCACUUUGCUGUUCGAGCGCGUUUGGUGGGCUAACGCCUCGCGUGUGUUGCGUGCCCAGACGUUUCGCGUGUUGGAGACGCAUGGUAUCGUGAGUUUUUUGUGUGUGUGUGCGUGGUGAGAAACGAUUAAAGGAAAGCAUUAAAAGAAGCACAACACAGACGCAGUAAGCCAUGCGAAAUAAUCAGAACUGAUGUGCGUUGUGGCGGCAAGAGAGAGUUUCGCUUUCAAUAGUGACGCGUAGUGACGCCGGAACCGUUGUUUCGCCCGGCCGGAAACAGUGUAAUCCCGAAGGCCAGAAAACGAAUCACGCAGUUUUGCUACAAAAAAGCGGCCAGAUUAGGGCGUAGGAUUUGGCAGUGCACGCGGUAUCUUUAACGCUGCUCGAUUGGCGUUGUUUUGGCAACAAAAAAAGAAACUUACAUCGAAAAAAGUGUGAUUUCGUGCUGUGUUCCCGCUUUGACCGUGCUUCUUCAUAAGUGUUGAGUGAGUGUGCGUGAGUGAGCGUGAGUGUUCGAAUCACACACACACACACACACAUACAGGAGAUCCCACAAAACCCUCCCCGUCCAACGCGGGAUGCCAUGAGUCGAUGGGCGAGAAAAUGGGAAAAGUUCUAGCGGCCAUCCCGGCGCUCAACGGCAGCAUAUCGACGAUAAAUUUCAGCAUUAAGCUGCUCAUCUACUGUUUGAUGGUGCUGAAUGUGAAAACUUUCGGCCUGAAGUGCGUCUGCAAUCCGGACGAGUGCGACAUCAUCCGGCCGGAGGACUGCCCGGGCAAGGGCUACAUCGUGUGGGAUCCGUGCAAGUGCUGCAAGGUGUGUGCCCGAACGCUCGGCGAAGCUUGCGGUGGACCGGGCGGUUUUUCCGGCACGUGUGAACCACCACUUAGCUGCGUUUCGAAGCCACCGGUCGGUGGUUCCGGCGUGUGUAUGGACGUUCCACCAACAAGCACCGAUGGGGACCGGCCGGAUGGUAGCGACUGUCCGGAAACCGUGCUGAUCGAGCCGGGCUGCGAGAUUGUCAAUCGGAAGUGCAAAUGCUGGGACCGGAUACGGCUGUGCAAAAGCAAAUCGAUCAGCAAGUGGGACUUCAAGAACAUGGAGGAAUGCCAGCUCAAUAUAGAGAAUCUCGUGAAAACGGAGCUGGAAUUCGACGAGGACUAUACGGCACCACCGAGAAUAAGCUUUGAAUCGAUCGUGACCGGGCGGGGCAGAAGAAGAAAAAAGCUGUUUCAGGACUUUGAUUUGUUCUAAAGCACCAUUAGCGUCAACAAGGACAAAGCUACAACAAAAAAACGAAACGCAGCUCACCCAAAAACAAACCUUAAUCGGUUUUAAUUAAAUUAGGAAAAAGCUGUGCUUGCCUGUGGCCGGUUGGCGCGGCUCGGUAAGCUUUCCGAUACGGUUCGCGUGGCGCCGUGACGAGGCCGCGGCGCUGAUUGUACAUGUGACACGCAUCUUUUUGUGCAUAUAAUCCCACUUAGAAGUAUCCGUGUACCCGUAUAUAUACAUGUGUGUAUGAUUGUGUGUGUAUGUGUCCGUGUAAGUGUGUCAUUUAGUGUAGCGGAACGGCAAAUAUUAGUACCGCAAUCCCCUUCCGCCCCAAACUGGUGAGAUUGUUUGUUUGGCAGCAGCAAAAUAGGCAAACAAACAAACAUCCCGCGUUUUCCUGUACAGUGCGUGGUGCUUAAACGGCAUCGUGUCUAGUAGUUACUUUUGUGCUGGCUUAGCUCACGAACCCAACAAGCAAGAACACGAACUACACUCGCGACUUUGCAA